AUGGAGGUAUUCGACUUGCAGUCUUCUGCGCCUGAGCGCCCUUUGUCCUUUAUCAACCAACUGGUCUACGAGGCAGUCCAAAAGAGGCACAGGGGCCUGAUACUAGGUCUUCGUUGUCCCAACUCUACCCCGAUCAUCCUGGCUGUACGUGUUCAGGAAGCGCAGGACCGCCCACCGAGGGUGACCGCCAUCGAUGCCUUUCUGCCAAUGAACGCGCCGCAACCCGCCUCCUCCGUCGCUUGGACAGCCCAUGACCUUGUUCGCGCCCCUCAAAGGCUGAUCAGCCAGUCGGAGGACAUCACAACGGCUGUUGUUGCCCAUCUGAACUCGAGGUCACCAACGAGUUGCGAUACGGGACAGGCGGUGGAGUGUGAUGCACCCAUGACGACUGCAAAGUUCACGUAG